AUGUCACUGUUUCGGAUUUUCAUCAAUCAGGACGACGUCGACGAUAUGGCUACUUCGAAGAAAGUGAUCACGCGUGAAGAGUGGGAGAAGAAGCUAAACGCUGUCAAGCUUAGGAAAGAAGACAUGAACACUCUCGUCAUGAACUUUCUUGUCACCGAGGAAACAGCAGAGAUAGAUCUUGCGACCAUCACUGAUCGAAUGGCUGUUAAAAAGGCUGUUCAAAAUGGCAAUGUCGAGGAUGCUAUUGAAAAAUCAGUGAAAUAUCAAGAAUCGAAGUCUGAUUCGUCUUCGAACCUGUGCUUGCGGAUACUCGACACAAAUCCCGAGCUGUUCUUUCAUCUUCAGCAGCAAAGGUUGAUUGAACUAAUUUGACAAGGGAAGACUGAAGAAGCCUUGGAGUUUGCUCAGGAGGAACUUGCUCCACGUGGCGAAGAAAACCAAGCGUUUCUGCAAGAAUUGGAAAAAACUGUAGCGCUGCUUGUUUUUGAAGAUGCCUCCAACUGUCCUGUUAAAGAUCUUCUUGACAUCUCCCAACGUCUUAAGACAACAAGUGAAGUGAAUGCAGCAAUUCUCACAAGCCAGAGUCAUGAAAAAGAUCCGAAACUUCCAAGCUUGUUGAAGAUGCUGAUUUGGGCUCAGAACCAGCUGGAUGAGAAACCAGUGUAUCCGCACAUCAAUGAUUUGUCUACUGGCCAGCUCGAAGACCCGCCAGAAUAAUAAUUCAAUACUUCGUUCAGCAAGUGGAAAAAAGCUGCUAAAGGACACAAUCAAUGAUGCCCUUCUCUCCCGUUUCAAUCUCAAUAAGUCAAGAUUCAUUAUGUUUUAGCGAAUGCUCUCUGCUUUCCAUUUUUCUUCUUGUUGGCCCUGGAAUUGUUUAGGAUAUGUAUGUAGAAGGUGUGCCCAUUUGAUUUGUUGCAUGGUCAGCUCGACGUUGAUUUAUUGAUCCAUAUACAUGUGAAGAUUCAUUGCA